AUGAAUGAGAAUCGAUACAGUGAAUUGGACAGAGUUCCAGACAUUGAUGACAUUGACCGUAGUGAGGAUGGUGAUUAUGGCUACGAAAGACGAUAUGAAGCCUCAGAGGAUGGUUAUUAUUCUGACGAUGCAGAGGCUGAAUGGGAAGAAAGCAAGGAACAAAUCAAUGCUUUGUUCUCCCUUGUCGUAUUCCCCUUUGUAGGAAAAUGGCUGGGAAAGAAGUUUUCAUUCUGGGCUUGGUCUAGGUGGCUAUCUUACACACCUCCUGUUGGUUCGACCUCAUUCUUGGCAGUAGAAUGGAUUGAUGCUCUGAAGAGACUCUCUUCUUGA